AAAAGAAAAAGAAGAGUGAGAUGUGGAAGGAAGUGACUUGGGUUUGCGACUCCCGAGGUGAGUGUCUAGUGAGAGUAAUGGUGGACAGAGAAGAAACAUUGCUUCUUCUCUCACACUAGACACACACUGUGCGCACAACCCUCCACUCUCCAAGGAGAUCACAAUCCCAAAACCAAAACCAAAUACCUUCUCUUCAAUGCUACUCUUCUUCUUCUUCUCCUUCUUCCCUUCUCACUGACACUUUUUUCACCCAAUGGAUCCGGCCGCCAUCAUCAACGCCGCCGCCGCCAACACAACGUCCUACAACCUCUCCGAGAUCUGGCAGUUCCCGCCUCCAAACGCGCAAGACGCUACUGCCGCGCUGUGCCUCAGUAGGGCUCAUUUCGGGCACGGCCUUUCGGAUUUUGGCCCGGGCCCGGGUAGCAUUGGCCACAAAAAGAGGCGCGACUCCGAGGAGGAGGAAUCGGUUAAGGGCGUCUCCACCAGCAAUGGCGUGAAGGAGGGUGGUGGUGUUGGUGAUGGGAAACGGGUUAAAACAACAGGGAACCAGAAGAGUGAGAGUGCGAAAGGUGAAGGAGAAAGCAGUUCAGGAAAGCUUGCGGAGCAAGGUGGAAAGCCACCUCCAGAGCCUCCUUCAAAGCAAGAUUACAUUCAUGUCCGAGCCAGAAGGGGUCAAGCUACUGAUAGCCACAGUCUCGCAGAAAGGGCUAGACGGGAAAAGAUUAGUGAGAGGAUGAAAAUUCUUCAGGAUUUGGUGCCGGGUUGUAAUAAGGUUAUUGGGAAAGCUUUGGUUCUUGAUGAGAUAAUUAAUUAUAUCCAAUCGCUUCAGCGGCAAGUAGAGUUUUUGUCAAUGAAGCUCGAGGCCGUAAAUUCAAGAAUACCCUCCGGAAUUGAAGUGUUUCCUCCUAAAGAUUUUGAUCAGCAAACAUUUGAUACAACUGGCAUCGCAUUCGCUUCUCAACCUACAAGAGAGUAUAGCCGAGGUUCAUCACCAGAGUGGUUACAUAUGCAGGUGGGAAGUGGUUUUGAAAGAGCAACAUAGUCUUGGAAAUCCCAUGACACCUUAUAAUAAAUGCAUAUAGGAUGACUAGUCUCUCCAUCAGAGCUCCCGUAAAUCAUAUACUCAAGGUGUUGUUAAGUCCCAUGGACACCUCAUUCCAGGAGGCAUGGAGCCUGUUAUUUGUUUCUACAAGAUCGCUUCAGCGAGUACUUUAGCAACUCCAUUUGUUAGUGCGUUUGGAAAAUGAAUUCAUUUACCAAUAUGUAGUUUAGUGGACUAUAGGCUUUCUAUGCUAUACUCUUCAUAACCGUUAAAAUUGUUGUCAUUCUUGUAAAACAAUGCGGCUUGUACUGAAUACAUAAAGGCUUACUCAUUGUGCUAUAGUGUCGACAUUGUUGUUUGUCUGUGAAGCUAUGUUGAAUAAAUUGAGCCCAUGUGAUUUUUUUAA